AUGGCGGGCUAUUCGGAUCUCGACCGCCAGAUUGAGCAGUUGAAGCGAUGCGAAAUCAUCAAGGAGUCGGAGGUGAAGGCCCUGUGCGCCAAGGCGCGAGAGAUUUUGGUUGAGGAGAGCAACGUUCAAAGCGUCGAUUCUCCCGUUACCAUUUGCGGCGACAUCCAUGGUCAAUUCUACGAUCUCAAGGAAUUGUUCAAGAUCGGCGGCGACUGCCCUCAGACCAACUACCUUUUCUUGGGUGAUUUUGUGGACCGAGGCUUCUAUUCAGUCGAGACCUUCCUUCUUCUUGUUGCCUUGAAGGUACGGUACCCUGAUCGGAUCACGCUGAUCCGCGGAAACCACGAGAGCCGGCAGAUCACCCAGGUCUAUGGCUUCUACGACGAGUGCCUGCGCAAGUACGGCUCUGUCAACGUGUGGAGAUAUUGUACAGAACUGUUCGACUACAUCUCGCUGUCGGCCAUGGUCGACGGAAGGAUCUUCAACGUCCACGGCGGUCUUUCCCCCUCUAUCACAACGCUCGAUCAGAUCCGAGCGAUCGACAGAAAGCAGGAGGUUCCUCAUGAGGGACCUAUGUGCGACCUCCUGUGGUCUGACCCAGAGGACAUCGACGGCUGGGGCUUGAGCCCUCGCGGUGCUGGCUACCUGUUCGGAGGCGACGUGGUGUCGCAGUUCAACCAUGCCAACAACAUCGACCUCAUCUGCCGAGCACAUCAGCUGGUGAUGGAGGGGUACAAGCACAUGUUCAACGAGACCCUCGUCACUGUGUGGUCAGCGCCCAACUACUGCUAUCGUUGUGGAAACGUGGCGGCUAUCCUUGAGCUGGACGAGCACCUCAACAGGAACUUCAAGAUUUUCGAAGCCGCGCCCCAGGAGGUCCGAGGCGUGCCCGCCAAGAGACCCGCCCCCGACUACUUCCUCUGA